AUAAAAGAUGAGCCAAAAUCGAACAGUCGAACUUCUGAAGACCCGAGAAAACCCUAGUUUGGACAGCCAUGGAGGAUGUACCCAUGGAGCUUGUCGUCGAUAUAAUCUGCCGAUUACCGGCGAAGUCUAUCUUGCGCUUCAGGCGGGUGUCAAAGACAUGGAAGUGCCUCAUUGAUUGCUCCGAUUUCGUCAAUCUUCAGCUGAAGAAAUCAAUCGAGACCAGAACUCAUCUCCGCCUCAUCAUCCGAAGAAAUUCCGUUCUCUUCUCCGUCGAUCUCGACCCCUUCGACUGUGCCGUGGAGCUUGUUCACCCUCUCAUGUGCUACGGCAGUCGGAUUAGGAUCUGGGGUUCUUGUAACGGCAUAUUGUGCAUCUGUAACGUAGCUGAUGACAUCGCUCUCUGGAAUCCAUCCACCCGGAAGUACCGUAUAUUGCCGUCUCUUCCCCCGGAGCGGCGCUCUGAUGAUGUUUUUCGUUUCUCUGUCGACGCUUACGGAUUCGGGUACGAUUCUGUUCACGAUGACUUUAAACUCUUGAAAAUUUCGCAGUUUAUUAGAUUGAACCCUAUGGAUAUCGAAUCGGUUGUCAAGGUUUUUAGCUUGAGAAAGUUUUGUUGGAUUCCAAUUCAAAGUAUGACUUACUCUCUGCGCUAUAGCUCGAAAAUGGGGGUUUUUGUCAACGGUGCUUUACAUUGGGUUGUGUCUCAUCAGAAUCUGGGCAUGGGGGUGGCUGAUUUAGUGGUGGCUUUCGUUCUCGCAACUGAUAAAUUCAAAGAGAUUCCAUUGCCAGAGUUUACUGAUACCAAAUGUGAAAUUCAUGUGCAUGUUUUAGGUGGGUAUCUCUGUUUGCUUGCAAAUUAUGAAAGAGCUCGUUUAGAGGUUUGGGUGAUGAAGGAGUAUGGAGUUCAGGAGUCAUGGACGAAACUGCUCACUGUUGGUUCGCAAGUUGAUUUCGAUGGUUCCAUUAAGUCUGUCAAACUGUUGUCUUAUUCAAAGACUGGCCGUGAAGUUCUUUUACUUCAGAACAGGAAAAGACUCAUCUGGUAUGACCUACAAAAUCAAAAAGUUCGUGAUGCUGAGAUUGGUGGCCUGCCUCAUAGCUUUGAAGCAGAAACAUUAGUGGAAAGCCUUAUUCCAAUUGAUGCUUAUAGAGAAAAGCCUGAAAACAACCUUGAAGAUAAGAGGGAGGAUUUCUUGUCAGAAGGGUUCAAACUGGUGUUAUAGGCAAAAGGAGAAAGAGCUACUGGAAGAGUGGAAAUAUACAUAUACGUAUAUAUAGAGUAGCAGCAGCUAAUAUAGAGUUUAUAACGUACUUAGCCUCGAGAAGUUUACUUCUUAAGAACAGAGAACAAUAAGGGAUUUUUUCACCAAACAGGUCCUUAAUUUCUAUCCCAAACUUCACGUUUUAUGAUAUCCUUCAUGGCUACAACUGAAGUUGAUGAUGAGAUUAUUUUGUUGGGAUGGUUACAACAAUAUAUGAGAGUCACUUUUUCUGGCCUACUAUCCUCAUUUGUGACAACUAGAAUGCUAUUCAAAUAGCACAUCAUGAGCGAACAAAACAUAUCGAAAUAGCCUCACUCAGGGCACUUUUUUCGCCAUCACUUUCUAUAGGGUUCAAUGCCAUACAUUUUCUCAAAGCUUCAGAUCACAGAUCUUCUUAUGAAGUCCCACACCACCGUAGGAUUCCGAUACUUAGUAUACAAACCCAGAUCUUAUCCUUUGAGGCAUCUUGAGUUUAGGGGAAUUCUGUGCUUUAUUCUAAUACGCACGUGACCAUCAUUUUGAAGAUAGAAAAGAUAGAAUACUGGCACAUUACAACAUCUCAAUGCACAAGGCAACCUGUAUUUGUCAUGGGUUGUACCAUGAUUGUUAAAUAUAUGGUUGAGAGAGCUCCUUUCUUUCUCUCUCUCUCUCUUUUUUUUUUUAAUAAAUUUGCUGAGAAGGAUAUUUUCGAUACUAUCACAUCUUGUAUAGGUGGUUAGAUUGGAUCAAAUAGUUGAAUUUUAUAAUGCUGUGGAAUUGAUAGUUUUGUGGUAUGCUUGAAACUUGAAAGUACUAUUUCCUAUUUGUAAAUAGAUAAAAUGUAUCACUCAGGUUGCUGGGUUCUUGGGAAAAGUUGAGUUUCAUAA